AUGGCUGCCAUGAAGCUUACCAGAGGCACAUCAUGUGUUCUUUGCCAGCAGCGAAAGGUUCGUUGCGACAAGAACAAGCCUUGUGCCAACUGUGUCAAGGCUCGCGUCGAAUGUCGAGUCAUCCCCCCACAACCACCGAGGCGACGAAAGAAGCGUCUUCAAGAGAGAGACCUUGUCGACAGACUGAAAAAGUAUGAGCUGCUCUUGGCUGAAAAUGGCGUCAAGUUCGACCCCAUCGCAGCCGACCUGAAGCCUUCAGACCGAGACUCUAUCCACAUCGACGAGGGCCCUAGUAUCGAUGAGGUUGCUGAGCUGGAAAACGACUUCGAGGGUCUCAAGACGUCUCCCGAGGGAAGCACAUCACCCUCCGUCGCCGGCAGCAGGAGGUCACAGUCCGACAACAAGAACUCCCCCUUCUUCAGAGCCAGCGAGGAACUGCUGAGGGAUUCCUCAGAAGAUGAGGUCGAUGGUUCCACGAUACACCACGCCUUCGAUAAGAUGUAUGACAACCAGGAUGGCUUCCCAUUCAUUGUCGGCAACCGGAAUGCUUCCGUGACACACCUGCAUCCAUCUCCCAUUCAAAUCUUUCAACUCUGGCAAAUUUAUAUCAACAACGUCAAUCCUCUCCUGAAAAUAACACAUGUUCCCACUGUUCAAGGUCUCAUCAUAGAGGCCAGUACUAACCUCGAGAAGAUUUCAAAGAACGUGGAAUGUCUCAUGUUUGCAAUUUAUCUUUUAGCAGUCACCUCACUUGAGGAUACCGAGGUCGCCAAGAUGUUUAACGAACCCAAACCUUCCGUCUUAUCUAGGUUCCAUACGGCUCUCCAACAGGCACUUGUCAACGCUGGCUUUAUGCGGACAAGUGACACCAUGGUCCUCCAGGCCUAUAUGCUCUUCUUGAUCGCCGUUCGCAUGUUCGUCGAUCCAAGACAGAUCUUUUGCCUGGUCGGCAUAGCUGUAAGGAUCGGCCAGCGGAUGGGUCUGCAUCGGGAUGCUGCAGCCUUUGGGCUCUCACCCUAUGAGGUCGAGCAACGGCGGCGUCUCUGGUGGACUAUUGUCGGCUACGAUCGUCGAAUAGGAGAGAUGACGGGCUCAACCGUAACAGCUUUGUCUACUGCCGGUGACUGCAAGCUGCCUCUCAAUAUCAACGAUACUGACCUACAUAUCAACGGUAAAGAUGCUCCGACUCCACACCAGGGUGCGACCGAGAUGCUCUUCGUCCUCAUCCGGACAGAGUUGGCCAUGGCUAUUAGCAGCGAUACUGUACGCGAUGGGCAGCGCCAUGGGGACAAGGAGAAAGAAUCCGGUCCAGCGGCUAUCGCACCGCGACCGGUCCCGACGGUCCGCAUGGCUGGGCAGGAUCAAACCUACACACUAGACGGCUUCUUCGCGCAUAUCGAGGGCACCUACCUCAAAUGGUGUGACCCCAAAAUACCCUUACAUUUCUUUACUCUGACGAUGACGCGGCAAUCACUUUGUAAGAUGAGGGUCAUCUCAUUCCUUGUACGGAUGGGCAACGGCGAAGCGACCACGCUCCAAGAUCAUGAGCGCGAUACACUCUUUCUUGAAGCUAUCCAGAUGAUCGAGUACGAUAACAUUGUCCAGGCCGCGGAAAGUCUGCAGGGAUAUAAGUGGUAUACGUACCUCCACUUCCCCUUUCCCGCCUACAUGUUCUUGGUGACGGAGUUACGGCAACGGCUGACCGGGCCGAUGGUUGAAAGAGCAUGGGAUGCCAUUGCUGAGAACCACGAACGGCGAGGGCUGAUGAAUACACUGCAUAGCCCGAUGCACAUCGCUUUCGGCAAUCUAUUUAUUAAGGCAUGGGACGCUCACGAAGCCGGCCAGCAACAGAUCGGAAGACCUGAGCAGGAGCCCAUGUGGAUCACGAGGUUGCGCCAGCGGGCAGAGAAGGCGGGCAAGAAGCAGCGCGGCGGCCGGCCCGGGCCAGAUGGAGGAGCCGGAUUCCCACAACAGGCUGCCAGAAAUGCACCGGUCAACAAUACUACGUCCCAGGUCGGCCCCAUGCAAAUGCCGACAAACAUGAUCAUGACGCCGCCAUCGGUGACUGCGGGGACCCCGGCGAUGGGUCCCCCGGCUUCGGAAGGUGAUGUUGUGGAUAUGGAUUGGAGCUACUUGAUGCAAGGGUACGACAUGGAUACGUAUGCGGCAUUCGGAGGGGGUUUCGGCGGCUUUCCUCUGGGCGGUAAUGGCAUGGUCGGCCCGGGGAUGAUGGGGAACCCGGAUGGUGGUAAUAUGUUUGGGAGCUGA